AUGCUGCAAAUCUUACGUCGUGCAGCAAAGAAGAAGAAUUCCUUAUUGGAGCUGCAAGCUGCUGCUGCUGCUGCUGUGUCCGCGAUGCAGCAGCAGCAGAUGCUGCCACGAGAAGCAGCACAGGUGUUGCAGCUGCUGUCUAGACACCAGGAUCUGCUGCCCCGCACCCUAUGGAAGCAAGCAGCAGCAGCACUGCUGCCUCUGCUGCAGCAGCAGCAGCAGCUUGUAUCCCAUCAGCAAGACAACUCAUACACAAACAGGCUGAGGCACCCACAGCAGCAGCAGCAGCAGCAGCAGCUCGAUCAGCCGCAACCGCAGCCGCAGCCGGAACAGCAGCAGCAGCAGCAGCAGCAGCAGCAGCAGCAGCAGCAGCAGCAGCAGCAGCAGCAGCAGCAGCAGCUGUCUGUAUUAGAUUUAGUGUUAAUAUUGAAUGCUUUUUGUCGCGUCAGCAGCAAACCUUUGCUGCUGCUCAAGGAAGCAUUGCGUCUCCUCUCUCCCCUGGAUGCAGCGCAGCAGCAGCAGCAGCAACAGCAGCAGCAACAGCAGCAGCAGCAGCAGCAGCAAAUGGAGGCAAUGCUAGAAGCAGCAGAAAGACGCAGCCGUCUUGGGCGUGAGGCAUUUUCACGAACUGGCAUGCAAGCUGAGCAGCAGCAGCAGCAGCAGCAACAGCAACAGCAGCAGCAGCAGCAACGAGGGGAAGCAGCAGCAAGAAUUGCUGCAUCUGAACAUGCUGCCUAUGGAGUGACCAUUUGGCAGCUAAAUGCAGCAGCAGCAGCAACAGCAGAAGAAGCAACAGCAGCAGCAGCAACAGCAGCAGUUGCUGCUGACAGUCCUACGGCCGCCGAAGAAACGCCAGCAGCAGAUGCAGCAGCAACACGAGCAACAGAAGCAGCAGAAGCAACAGCAGCAGAGACAACGACAGUUGCUGCUGCUGCUGCAACAGCAGCAGCAACGACAAUGACAGAUGCAGCAGCAGCAGCAGCAGCAUCUGCCUGUCCACCGAAUUCGCACAGGGAGCCUCCUGCUGCUGCUGCUGCUGCUGUUGCUGCUGCUGCUCCAGUAAGGUGGGGAAUUAAAGAGGGAUUGCUGCUGCUGCAUGCAGUGGCUACGCUGCAUCUACCAGCCCCUUUGCUGCUGCAGCAGCUGCAGCAAUGGCUGCUGCAGUCGAUGCAGCAGCUGACGCCUCUGCAGGUUGCUGUUGCUGCGCAUGCACUAGCGGCAGCGCAGCAAGCUCCCCCUUUGCUGCUGCAGAGAGUUGCUGAUCAUUUGCUGCAGCCGCUGCAGCAGCAGGAAUUAAUGCUGCUGAAGCAACAGCAGCGGCAGCAACCAGUGCAGCAGGAGCAGCAGCAGCAGCAGCAGCAAGUGUUGCUGCGUCUGCAUGCAUUAGAUAAGGGGGGUGUUAUUAUGCUGCUGCUGCUGCAGCUAAGGAUGAGGAAGGCACAUGGCCCUCUAUGUCGUGCCUUGCUGCAGCACCUAUUCACAGGCAGCAGCAGCAGCAACAGCAGCAGCAGCAGCAGCAGGAGCAACAACAGGAGGAAGGAGAAGAAGAAACGUGGUGAUGAGCCUCCUUUGGCGGCUGAGGAGAUGCAUGCUGCUGCUGCUGCAGCAGAUGUACCUAUCCUGUGCAGCAACAGCAGCAGCAGCAGCAGCAAGAGCAGCAGCAGCAGCAGCAAGAGCAGCAGCAGCAGCAGCAGCAGCAGCAGGGACCGAGUAUCGAGUGUGCUGCAGCAGCUAAGUGGUAAGGAGGUUGCUGUGCUGCUGCUGCACCUGUCAAGACACCGCAGAAUGCAUGCAGCAGCAGAUGUUGCUGCUGCAGCAGAAGAAGCAAUUUUGCUGCUGCCCUCCCUAAGAGAUCGCGCGCUGCUGCUUGCUGCCUACGCACUUGCGCGGCUGCUGCCUCAGCUGCAUCAGCAGCAGCAGCAGCAGCCGCAGCAACAGCAACAGGAGGAACAGGUAAAGCCAGCAGCAAGUUUGCUGCUGCAGCAGCAGCAGCAGCAAGUUGCUGCUGUUGUUGCUGCUCGUUUUGCUGCUCAUCCCCCUGGAGGUCCUAAGGCCUUUGAGGUGCUGCGUGUGCUGCACUUGCUGCUGCAGCAGCAGCAGCAGCAGCAAUAUCCUAUUUGCUGCCGUGAGCUGCUGCAGCGGCUAGAGCCGCUGCUGCAGCGGCAUCUGCAUGCACUCCCUGAUGCACACUUUGCUGCUGCUGCUGCUGCUGCUGCUGCUCUCGGGUGUAUAGGCAGCGAAUUAAGAGAUACAUUUCUUACAGAAGCAGCUUACCGUAUACACCGCAUUACCCCACACCAUGCAGCAAUACUUUAUAAGGUACUGCAGCAGCAGCAGCAGCAACAACAACAGCAGCAGCAGCAGCAGCAAUUUGAUACCCUUGUGCUGCAGGACGAGGGAGAAGAAGGACUAAUUGAUCUUCUUAAGGAUGCUGACCCUGAGCAGCAGCAACAGCAGCAGCAGCAGCAACAGCAGCAACAGCAGCAGCAACAAGAGCAGCAACUGCAGCAGCUGCUGCAGCAACAGCAGCAGCAGCAGAAUGCUGCUAUAGACGGAGCAGCAGAAGUGCUGCAUGCGUUGCGUCUUCGCUCUAUGAAUAAAUAA